AUGACCGAUAUACUUCUCAAGAUCAACACUGGCGCAACCAUCCCAGCAUUGGGAUUAGGAACAUGGCAAAGUCCAGAAGGCCAGGUCCGAGCCGCUGUUGCACAUGCUAUCAAAUCCGGCUACCGGCACAUCGACUGUGCGUAUGUCUACGGCAACGAGAAGGAAGUGGGCGAGGGCAUCAAAGAGGGUCUAGCAGCCGCGGGAAUCUCCCGAAAGGACUUGUUCAUAACCACAAAGCUAUGGUGCACAUACCACACGAGAGCAGAGCAGAACCUCGACAUAAGCUUGGGUCUGCUCGGCCUAGACUAUGUCGACCUGUACCUUAUGCACUGGCCCGUUGCGAUGAACCCAAACGGCAACCAUGAAAAGUUCCCCAAGCUGCCUGACGGUUCUAGAGAUCUCAUCCGGUCCCGAUCACACGUGGAUACGUACAAGGAUAUGGAAAAGCUGUUGGAGACCGGUAAGGUAAAGGCCAUCGGUGUGUGCAACUACUCCAAACGGUUCCUUGAGGAACUGCUGCCCAAGGUGGGUAUAGUUCCAGCCGUCAACCAGAUCGAGAACCACCCUCUACUCCCGCAACAAGAAAUUGUCGACUACUGCCAGCAACACGGCAUUCAUGUGACGGCGUACAGCCCUCUCGGAUCGACAGGGAGCCCGCUGAUGAAGGACCCUCACGUCGUCAAGCUGGCUGAGCAAAAGGGGACGACUCCAGGGUGCAUUCUGCUGAGUUACCACAUUGCACGACGGAGCUCCGUGCUCGCCAAGUCAGUUACGCCGUCUCGGAUUGACGAGAACAAGCACGUAGUCGACCUGUCCGCGAGUGACCUUGCCUCACUGGCCGAGAUUUCUCAGAAUGGUGUGACGCGGUUCGUGUAUCCUGAAUUUGGGGUGGACUUUGGCUUUCCGGAUAAGUCAUGA